UCCGCAGCCCGCGCCGGCCUCUCCCCCCGCCGAAAGGCGCGCAGCCCGCAGCCGGGAGCCCGCAGGCCGCCUCCGGGAGCCCCCGCAGGCGCCAUAGUAAAAGCCAAAAUGGCUGCCCCGGGGAAGCCCGCACCGCGCAGCUAGCGAGGCCGGCCCGGGAAGCCGGCUCCUGCGGGAAGGGGGCAGGAAGGCUCUCGCAAGACCCGUGGCCAGGACCGCCGCCUCCCGAGCCGCACAGGUUCUAAUUAUAGCCACCUUUGCCAUAACUUUAUAUUUGGAAAAAUACUGGCCAGGGAAAAAUGAUAAAGUUCUUCCUCAUGGUGAAUAAACAAGGGCAGACCCGGCUGUCUAAGUACUACGAGCACGUGGACAUUCACAAGCGCACCCUUCUGGAAACGGAAGUCAUCAAGAGCUGCCUCUCCCGAUCCAGCGAACAGUGCUCUUUCGUUGAGUAUAAGGAUUUUAAGCUGAUCUAUCGGCAGUAUGCAGCCCUGUUCAUCGUGGUUGGAGUCAAUGACACCGAGAAUGAGAUGGCGAUUUAUGAAUUCAUCCAUAACUUUGUGGAAGUUUUAGAUGACUACUUCAGCCGAGUGAGCGAAUUAGACAUAAUGUUUAAUUUGGAUAAAGUACACAUCAUUUUGGAUGAGAUGCUAUUAAAUGGCUGCAUUGUAGAAACGAAUCGGGCAAGAAUUCUUGCCCCUCUACUAAUUCUCGAUAAGAUGUCAGAAAGCUGAGUAACGGGAGGCUCUGCUGGGAACCGUCAACACAAGAAGUGAGAACAUGGAAUGCCUCAGCACCUGCAGCCCCAAGAAUCGGGAGAGCACACUGCACACCGGGCAUCUUUCCAGAGACAUUUUAAAUAGGUGUUUUUCAUAGCUCCUGAAUGGAAAACAAAGCCGUAUUUUAAAGAGAUGUUUUCUUUUCUAACCAUAAACAUUUUUCGCUUGUUUUUUUAUUAAUAAUAAAAUGUUGGUUUCUGCUUCCCUUUGCAAAUUAAAUUCAGGAAUAGCACCAUGAGGUGGGAAGUAUGGCAGCUCUUUAUCAGCCAAUAAAAGUGUAGAACUGGCAAACACAAGUAGCACUGUCUUCUGAAUAAGACUGUCUAACUAUGCUGUACUGAAAAUACUGUAAUUGAAAUGUGGAAAAAAAAUUUUAAGUCUUAAAAAAAGUCAAAAUUUUACUAUAUUGUGUGUCUAAUGAAAACAAAAGAAUUAAAUUUUAUUUGCCAGUUUCUGAAAGUGUGCGAUCCUUUUUAUAGGCUCUUGGCAAUUACAAUGCCAUCAUGUUAUUAACUAGAGUAUGUUACUACAAAAUAAUGAACGGUUAAACAUUGAAA